CAUUAUGUGGACAUGAGUUUAAAGGCAGUGUGUGUUUUGUGGUCUGCUGCACUGAGCAGGUCACAAUGGAUCAAGCUGCAUUCAGAUUGAUUCUCCUGGGCAUCUUCCUCAUAUCUGCCACUUCAGAUGUUGUUAAGAAGAAACAAAAUGUGAAAAUUUACAGCUUCCACAUUAACUCUACUGUUACUAGCCGCUACGCCACCACAGUCAUCACAAGCCGUGUGGGGAACAUGCUGGCCGAAUCUCAAGAGAUCCAUUUUGAGGUCAAGAUACCCAAGAAUGCCUUCAUUAGCAAAUUCAGAAUGAUCAUAGAUGGAAAGACAUAUGAUGGGGUCGUGAAGGAAAAAGGAGAAGCUAAGCAGCAGUACACUCAAGCAGUAUCACGCAGAGAAAGUGCUGGACUGGUCAGAUCUGUUGGCAGGACUUUGGAGGAUUUUAAAACGUCAGUGACGAUCGCUGCUCUCAGUAAAGUGACCUUUGAGUUGACCUAUGAGGAACUGCUAAAGCGUCGGCUUGGCAAAUAUGAGCUACUCAUUAAUGCCCACCCGAUGCAACCAGUAGCAAAUUUCAAGAUUGAUGUACACAUCCAUGAGCAACCAGGAAUUUCCUUCUUGGAUGUGAAAGGAGACCUGAGCACCAAUGAUCUGGCCAGUGCCAUCAGUACCACCAGAGCAAACAAAGACGCAUGGGUGACCUUCCACCCCACUCAAGAGCAGCAGACCACAUGUAAAGGUUGUGGUGAAAAUGGGCUUAACGGUGACCUGCUCGUAACAUACGAUGUUGAGAGACGAAAUCCUAAAGGAGAAAUAACGGUAUCAAAAGGCUAUUUCGUCCAUUACUUUGCACCCACUGAUAUUCCACGUAUUCCCAAAAAUGUGGUGUUUAUCAUUGACCGAAGUGGCUCUAUGCACGGCAGAAAAAUAGAACAGACUCGUUUGGCUCUGUUGAGGAUUUUGAGUGAUCUUCAAGAGGAUGAUUACUUUGGAUUAAUCACCUUUGACAGUGAAAUUAAUGUUUGGAAGCGUGAACUUCUCAAAGCUACCAAAGCAAACCUGGAGGAUGCCAAAUCAUUUGUGCUGAAGAUCACAGAAAGAGGAGCCACAGACAUAAAUGCUGCUGUGCUCAAAGGAGUGAACAUGAUCAAGCAACACCCACGAGAAGGAACUGCAUCCAUCCUGAUACUGCUGACUGAUGGAGACCCCACUGCAGGUGAAACGGACACAGAGAAGAUAAUGUCCAAUGUGAGGGAAGCCACUGUGUCAAAGUUUCCUCUCUAUUGCCUUGGUUUUGGAUAUGAUGUUAAUUUUGAAUUCCUGACACAAAUGUCACUAGAAAACAAUGGGCUUGCUCGCAGAAUUUAUGAGGAUUCUGAUGCUGAUCUACAGCUGCAGGGCUUCUAUGAUGAGGUUGCCAUUCCUCUCCUCAGUGAUAUUCAACUUAAUUACAUUGGAGUAACAAAUCUUACUAAGACCAAUUUUAGCAUAUACUUCAACGGUUCUGAAAUGGUGGUAUCUGGUCAAAUCAUGGACAACAAUGUGGAGAGCUUUACUGCUGAGGUCAUCGCAAUAUCUAAAGGCAAUAAGGUGACAUACCAAGAGACUGUAAUGAAAAAAGACCUCAGUGAUGUUCCACCCGAGAAUGAAAAGUUUAUGGAGAGACUGUGGGCCUACCUUACAGUGAAGCAACUUCUGGAGAGACAGGUGUUGCUUAAAGGACAAGAGAAAGAAGAAGAAAAAAACUAUACUCUCCAACUUUCCAUAUAUUAUGAGUUUGUCACCCCUCUCACCUCUAUGGUAGUUACUAAGCCACAGGAACAGGAAGUGGAAAUUGCUGACAAACCCAAAGAGAGAGGAGAAUCAUCCAGUCCUGGAUUAGCUUUAUUAUAUGAUGUUCAUCGAAGAGGCUUACAUGGACAGCGCUUAACAGCAGAACCAGAUUUUGAUGCGGAUCCCUGGCCAGAAUCAUCUUUUAUAAUGCCUACUUAUAUCUCCAGAAUUUCAAAAGUGCUUUCAGUGGCUCAGCCCACUCUUUCAGUUCCAGUGGUUCAUAGUAAUCGGUUCUUCCUUCAAGCUGUUAAUCAGAGCAGUCCAAUUUGUUAUGAUGUUCCUCUUUCUCAUAAACUCAGACUGCUAGAAGACACUGCAUCAGAGUUCUCUAUGAAUGGAGAGUCUAAGACAUCCAGACAUGGAUUCAGACAAAUCGUCUUUCAUUACAAAACAAAGCAUCACCUGAUAAUAAACACAAAGUCUAUCAAUUACCAUAAUGGCCAGGACAAUGUGGAGUUUUUGUGGGGCAAGGAACCGACCCAACAUGAAACAGAGGGUGUGUCAUUGGUUGUACGGGAAAAUGAAAUGGAUGUUACCAUGGGAAAUAUUGGUGUAAUUAUUCUUCUUCAUAAGAAAAAUGGGAACAUGUUUCUGUGGCCAGCCAUUUUUGAAUACCCAAAAAAUGUAAACCUGACAGGUAUUUUAGGAAAAGCCAAUAUUUCAUAUGAGGAGCUUCAUGGAUCAGACACACCAACUCUAAAGAUAAUGGACAAGGAAGUGAAGACGUCUUGGGAGGAUGUCACCGAUUACAGAUUUCAGUCUGUUUCUGCUAAAGGUUGCUGGCUUGUACCAUUCCAGACUGUGAUGCAGGGGGAGAUAUCUGAUUUCACUGUUACUCAGCUGUAGAGUUCAAAGUGACAAACAGUGUUGACUACUAUAUAUUCUGAUGGUCCAUGUAUUCCUUUAAGUAAAUGCUUCAUUGUUUCAAUACCAUUUGAUCUAUAUUCAGUGGUGUAAGCUUUAUAAGGUAGUGGACUGUUAAAAUUGACCAAGCGGACAAAAGUUUGCAAUUAAAAACCUUGAAGACUGCAUGAAGUGCUAAAUUCUGAAUGUUUGAAAUGGGCAUGAGCAUGGAAAAGGAAUAAUUACUAUCUGGAUUCUCUGUAACUAACCUCUGACAAGUCUGUAAAUGUAUAAAAUAAAUAUUAAAAGAAUGGACAAAGCAACAAUU